ACGACAUAGAAAGGCUUCACCAUGAUGCAAGAUGUGGAACCACUCCUGGCCGCGUUGGAAUAUUCCGACCGGUUUCACAGGUCGGUGGAGGAGGAAAGAAGGAAGGGAACAUAUAAAGAGGAUAUCAGUCCUGCAAUAGCCGGUCCCAGAGUUAUCCCAAAGAGAAAGGUCAUCGUGGAACCAGCUGUGUUAUUGUACUUCCUGGCAGGCUCUGCUUGUGGCCCAUUGACGACACUAUACAUGUACCAAAGAGUCGCUGAAAGGUACGCUCCUCUUUUCCCAAACGAGUCGUUCUCCAAUCACAGCCACCGAUCCCAUUGCGGAGUCCCCACCAACGACAGUGGUGUCAACUUAGAGCAGCUCAUCCAGCAAGAAGCCGCCAGAUGGAACAUGUAUCUAGGCAUUGCCACUAUGUUCCCAAGCGUGAUCGCCACCAUCAUCUUUGGAGCACAUAGUGAUAAAGCAGGACGGGUUCCAUGCAUUCUCUUACCCUGUAUAGGCGGAGCACUGGCUCUCGGUAUUAAUGCCAUCAUCAUAUUUUUAGACCUCCAACUGUAUUAUAUGUUGAUCAGUAACUUUGUGUCGGGGUGUUUUGGCGGUUACACCACAUUGCUGUUAGGUUCGAUGGCUUAUGUAGCUGACACAACCACCGAGGAUCAGCGGGCAUUCAGAAUCUUCGUCAUAGAUGGCAUGCUGAUGUUCGGAGCCGCAUUGGGGGAAGUAGGGGUUGGGUACUGGAUCCACGCCAGUCCUAACUUUCUGUGGCAGACCGUUGCCAUUACUGUAAUGUUUUUCGUAGCUGGGCUGUACGCGUUUUUCUUCAUCCCCGAGACAGUCAUCAAGGACCCCUCUGCUCGGUUAUUGGAUAAGAGGAACUUCACCGAUGUCUUCACCGUUUAUCUUCCCAAGAAAAGCGACCCGCAGAGAGCGUGGCGACUCCGCGUGCUCUUCGUCACGCUCUUGUUCGUAGCAACCGCGCAAUCGGUACAGGUGAACACCAUAGAGAUCCUGUACCAGAUUUCAGAGCCUCUCUGUUGGACGUCUGUUCUAGUAGGGAUUUACCUUGCCUGUGUGACGCUGUUUAUGGCUAUUGGGGGUGUGGGCGGACUGUUCUCAAUGCAGAGGUGCGGUGUUCCAGAUGCCGGUAUAGCCAUGAUGGGCAUAAUGAGUGCGGUUGCCGCCAAAAUCUUGGAAGGAUUUGCCACAAAAACUUACAUGAUGUUUCUAGUUACCGUAGUUGGCAUGUUAGCACUUCUGAUCGUACCUAUGAUUCGAGCUAUGAUGUCCAAAGCCGUGGAUCCCAAAGAACAAGGAACACUGUUUGCCAGCGUAUCAUCUAUUGAGACGCUCUGUUCCCUUCUAGCCAACGUGAUCUUCAACUCUAUCUACUCCGCUACUGUGGCGAUCUACAAGGGAAUUGUCUUCUUCAGUAUAGCGGGCGUGUUUAUGGUGGCGUUUCUUAUUCUUGUGAUAUACAACAUCGGUGCCCGGAUGCCAUCUUACGCAGAACUCAAGGAGAUCCAGGAGGACGAGGAAACGUUUAUCAGCGCAAAGUAUUUCAAGGAGCCAGUCUAUGGUUCGACGAAACCGGGAGGCGACUCGGGGCGGGGCACUAUCAGAGACACAUGGAGGGAGACAGAAGCAGAGUUUUAG